CUGUAACACCGUACGCGCCAUUUUGGUUCGGGAAACAAUUCUACUGGCGGAUAUGCUCUUCCGAACGGGCGCCCUACUGCAUGCAGUUUCCUUAAUCUUUCAUAGUCAUUUAUCGGCUUGUGAAAUUUAGCAAUGACCGCGUCUUUGGUUGUGCAAAGGUUAGCAGGAGUAUCGGGGGCGCUUGCUGUCGCGGCUGGGGCAUACGGAGCUCACGGUUUCAAAAACAAAGAUCCAGACGAUUACUCGAGAGAGCUGUAUGAGACGGCCAACAAGUACCACUUCUACCACAGCAUAGCUCUGCUGGGGGCCUCUCGCUGUAGGAAACCUGCUGUGGCGGGCGCCCUCCUGGUAUUGGGCACGGGGGCGUUCUGUGGCUCCCUGUACCAUCAGGCCCUGACGGAGAACCCUGUCCUGAGGAAACUGGCUCCUUACGGAGGCAUGUUCCUGAUCGCUGGCUGGCUGGCCAUAGCCAUCUGAACUCUGACCUUUAACCUUUGACCCCUACAUGGCCCCUACUGGUGCUGAAUGACCUCUCGCUACAGGACACAAACUGACUGUUAUGUUCAGAGACCAGAGAAGUGGAGAUGUCAUGAGUGGUGGAUGGAGGGACGGGUGGAUAUGGAGGAAGAAGGGGCGUUGGUAAAAUGUCACUUAUCUAAACCCUGCUGUUGUUCUGUCAUGGGUGGAAAGAGAAGAUAAGGUUGUUUCUUUUUCUGUAAUCAUAGGCUGCAACGUACCCCGUGACUUACAUAUCUCUGUGUUUGUGUGUGUGUUUACGCACGAGCGCACGUUUCACUUUGAAUGCAUCCGAAAGACUAAGGUAUAUUAAUCCUUCAUCACAAAUAAAUUCUUGAAAAAAGUUUA